UUUGUCCAAUGAAAAGGUUGUACUUCCGGUCUUCCACGUGAACGUGAAACCCACUUCCUUCAGUGUUGAGCACUUUACCUCUCCCGUGCUGAGCUGCUAUGCGUGAACUGCAGGAAUAACAAAUUAACUUCACUCACCCCUUGGGGGAUAAUUGUUGCAUCAAAAAUCUCCUACACUCCUCUCCCACAACCAAAGUGUACAGAAAUACCUCGGACAUGCCGAACAUCGUGCUUUUCAGCGGGAGCUCCCACCACGACCUUUCACAAAAAGUGGCUGAUCGCCUCGGACUGGAACUGGGGAAAGUAAUAACGAAGAAAUUCUCCAACCAAGAGACAUGUGUGGAGAUCGGGGAGAGUGUGCGCGGCGAGGACGUCUACAUCGUUCAGAGCGGCUGCGGGGAGAUCAACGACAACCUCAUGGAGCUACUGAUCAUGAUAAACGCGUGCAAGAUCGCCUCGUCGUCCCGCGUCACCGCCGUCAUUCCCUGCUUCCCCUACGCCCGGCAGGACAAAAAGGACAAGAGUCGUGCUCCGAUCUCAGCCAAACUGGUGGCCAACAUGCUGUCUGUGGCUGGGGCCGACCACAUCAUAACCAUGGACCUGCACGCCUCUCAGAUCCAGGGAUUCUUCGAUAUCGCCGUGGACAACCUGUAUGCGGAGCCGGCUGUCCUCCAGUGGAUCCGGGAGAACAUUCCGGAAUGGAAGAACAGCUGUAUCGUGUCCCCUGACGCCGGAGGAGCAAAGCGAGUCACCUCCAUCGCCGACCGACUGAACGUGGAGUUUGCCCUAAUCCACAAGGAGAGAAAGAAGGCCAACGAGGUGGACCGCAUGGUGCUGGUCGGCGACGUGAAGGACCGCGUUGCCAUUUUGGUUGACGACAUGGCUGACACCUGCGGCACGAUUUGCCACGCAGCCGACAAGUUGAUUGACGCCGGUGCUAUAAAGGUCUAUGCCAUCCUCACACACGGCAUAUUCUCUGGUCCGGCCAUCCCUCGCAUCAACAAUGCUCCGUUCGAGGCUGUGGUUGUCACCAACACCAUUCCCCAGGAGGAGAAGAUGAAGUCGUGCCCCAAGAUACAGGUCAUAGACAUAUCCAUGAUCCUGGCCGAGGCCAUCAGGAGAACCCACAACGGCGAGUCGGUGUCCUACCUCUUCAGCCACGUGCCCUUAUAGAGUACAGCUGGGACAGGAAUAACGGCCUCCUCACACUCUGGAUCAGCUCGCACAUUCAGCCCCCCCCCCCUCCGGGAAGUCCUUAAACCCUGCCAGUCUGGGCCAAAAACAUGUGAUUGGUUGCUAAAGGUCACGCCCCACAUGUUCUAUAGGUCCGCACGGAGACCCGAGAGAAUCACCUCCUUUUUGAGACCAGCAACUUUCUAUUUAUGUGUGUUACCAUAAGUUUUUCCCUAUUGUUUUUUCUUGUCAACAUCAUUCUUGGCCAGCCUUGCAAACCCAAGAGAUCUGGCUGUAACUUCAACCUAAGGUUGAUUGCCUAACAAUUUCCAUGUUUGGUUGUACCUCAUUUGUCUAAUUCACUAUAAAUGAAAGCAUUCCAUUGUGUGAUGUCAUUUAUUGAUUUACCUGAUUGUUCUUAUUGGCUGGAGAAUCGGCAACAUGGCUAGUUUUAGCAGCUAAGCACUUUUCUGUUUCAAAGAUACAUGCUGGUGAGCAAAUGGCAGUCUUUAAACACAAAAGAGAAGCAGAAUAGAGGGGUCAUCUGAACUUUAUUUGGUUGCAAAGUUAAGGAGACCAGAAAACGGUUCAUCUUUUUUAAUCAGAUACAUUCCUUCACCUGGCAGGAGAUGCAACCUGGGGUUGAGGUAUGGGACCAUAGUCUGGUUUUACACCAUGAAGAUGUCUCACGAUCAGAGAGAGCAGUGAUUUUGUAAUUUGAGAUCUUACAGAUUUUUUUUCCUACCAAAAUGUAAUGAUUGAGAGGAGACCGUAAUUGUAAAAACAGGCAGAUGUUGCACUUUUUCAUGUUGCCUGCCUACAAAACAUUCACCUCUUAUUAACUAACGUUGUCCAUAAGAUUGUAUCAUGGGAAUCCAUUUGAAAUGGAGAAAUUGUUCUAAGUAUUUCCACAUUGUAACCUAGUUAAACUAUUCUUUGGUGCCAUCUAACAAUGCCCAUAUCACGUAUGCCUUUGUUUCCUUCAAAUGGGAGGUGUUUGCACCUGGUGUUGCUUCCCCCCAGUGUUGAGAUGUGGCAUUGCAACCAGUCUUGCUUACCUCCUUUGUAUUUUUGCUGACGUUUGCUUCCGAGCCAUCCAACACCACCUCUCAUAGGUUGCUACCCAGUUCCCCGCUAUAUCAGGUGUCUUUUCAAUGCUAUUGGUCGAACCACCCUCACCCAAAAGGUCAUAAACAUAAAAGUCUGUAGUGUUAUUUUAUUUGUUUCUAGUGCGGAGAACGGGCAUACAUUGCUAAUGUGGGCGACGCUUCCAUGUUCUUGUUUUCCUGCGCGGCGGUUGUCACUUUUGCCCAAAGAACGCAUCAGUCUUGAGAAAGAAUUUGCGGAUUGGUUGAAAACCGCUGGCAGCCACAGUAUUUUAUUUUAACAAUACCACUGGCUUUCAUUUACAAUAAAAACGUUCAGUGACUUCUACAGU